AUGGGCUCCCUUCAAAGACCUUCAUUUUGGUAUGAAAGUUGGAUGGUCGGUAAGCCCGAAGCGCCAGCGACAAGCGCGAGGAAACGCGUUGCCGAAGAAUUGUUGCUCGCCAUCAAAGAUCACGUCUACGACACCCAGACACUGGACGAAAUAACUCUUCUCAUAAACCACGAAUGUCUCUGCCACGAAGUCGAAAACUCUGAAAGUUCAAGGUUUAUCUUCAGGAGCGCGCUCGACAUACCAGUGAUCAGCCAACUCGCGGAGCAGCUGUCCUCUUGUGGGGUGAAAUAUGUCAAUGCAUCCUCCCACGUCCUAAGAGAGCUACAAUUGCGGGCUUUACUCUCUGUUGUGGCAUGGCUACACCUUCGCGGAGUGACUGCCCACCAGGCAGAUUCUCAUGCGAGAUGGCAGGAGCAAAUAAACCAGCUAUAUCAAGAUCUGGUUUGGCUACCGGAAGAGCAGACUGGGGCUACGCAAGAGGCAUUUCGUAGAGCGCAAUGCUCAUAUCUACUUUCUCUGGUAGCAGCCCAGCAAUUCGUCAAAGCAAGGCCCAGGAUCAAGGACGCCCUUGAAGUUGCAGGCGACCUGAUGCAGCUGGGCGUGGUCGCAGUCAAUAUUGCCCUGGGCUUCGGAAUUGGUAACAUGAACAAUGCUGUUAAAGAUCUUUACGGGAAUUUUACCCGACUGCUGGACUCUACUCGACACGCAGAGCCAUCAGACAACCGGUAUCACGAUCUCUUCAAAAUGCAAGGCCUCACCAGGAUUGCAGUAGCACUCGAGUUCUACUCACGCAUCGGUGCCCAAUCAGUGGAAAGCCAUAAAAGUAAUGAUGAUCUACAUACAAAAGCAUUGAAAUGCUCCAGAGCCGCUGCGGAUGUUGCUCUGGAGCAAGUGCUACGGGUUCUGAACUCAGAGGACAAUGGAUGUUUCGAAGCAGAUCUUCGUCGUCCAUCAAAGUUUCGUGAGCAAUUGUCAGCGGUUUUGGACCGGGGACCCGCCAGUCUGGACAGAUAUAACUACUUUUAUGGAAUAUUGGACUGUGCGACACAGUUGGCUAGCAUCACUGAUCCUGAGCGAUACCCGGCUGGCUUUGAAGAGAGGAUGAGGUUGAUCGUCGCAAGGAGCAGAGUAGCUAACUUUCGGUGGAAAGCGCUGGAAGUCCUCUUAGCCAACCCUUCCUCACGAUCCCUGCAAUCUCAGCUUGUUCUCACGGAGGCCGGGCAAAGAUCAGGGCCUGAGCUCCAGAAGCAGCUCCGGGACGAAAUGACUAUGGUAUUGGAAUGUCUUGGAGAUAGUACCAGCAUUUCCAUCACCGAGUCUUCCUCCUCGAGACAGGUGAUGGACCGUCUUGAUUGGAUCGAAAGAAACGUCCCAACAAGUGGAAUUACCUCGGAGGCUCAGAAGUUCAGUGUCCCGCUCCCCCGUGGUUCAGCAUUCCACAGAAUUCGUUUUUCGGCAGCUGGACUUUCCACAGAAUGCUCACACGCCUAUUUCUUAAACGAGAAGAUGGUCUUGAUCUAUUCCCUGAGCAACCUGGGUGAACAGCCUGGAAUGCAACCAGUUUUUCGACAUGCUGCUUCUGAACUUAAAUAUGCUGCCGCCGCCCUAUCAGAAAGGUUUGUUGUGCUUCUGGUGGAAGAGUCUAGGGUAAAGUCUAUACGCAUCUUCCGAUAUGACGGACAGAUGAUAGAUCUGGAUACAUUCGGUAUGGAGGCGGAUCGUCAUCAAUGGAAUCCAAACAACCUCAUCACCAUUCAUGAAACGGACGAUCGCACCUGGAUUGCCGUUGGGGGAUGGGUAAGACAGGAAGGAGCCCACUCCGGCAGCAUUAAGAUGUAUUGCAUUCAUGGAAAUAAUGAGAUUGCUACUCUAACAAGGCAGCCUGUCUCUUUCACUCGGCCCAAACCCAACCCGUUGACUAUGGAUUUGUUGAAAACACUAGCAUUCAGCCCUGACGGGAAAAGGCUUGUUUGCGCUACUAACAACAAUCGGAUCUUGGUCUGGCGUCUGUCAAAUAAUGCUCGUCCAGACGGGGCACCGUUUAUUCUGAAGAAGGACAUCACGACGGACAUGACUAGCGGAGGAAUCUCGUCGACAUCCCUCUUCGAAUCUUCCCUGUCCCAUCCCUACGUCCUUUGUACAACUCUGCCCUCACUCGAGAGGGUUGUUCACAAAGGAGAAUGGUCCUUCGUCUCACCAAUAGGCUCAGCACAAGUCCGCGUGCACGAAAGGCUGGUUCAUGAUCUUGUGCAACUCAGAAAGUCAGGGUCAAUCCUCGCUGGAGCGGUUUGUCCUUGUGUCGGAAUUAUCGCCCUGGUAGAACGCCUAGGCAAACAUCAGGCCAGAAUUGUAAUCAUGCCUAUGGUCGCCGAAGAGGGUGGUGGGCUGUCAGCCCUUAACCCCGUGCCGCUUGGUGGAGGCACACUGGCCAUUCAAGACCAUGAAAAAUUCAAAAAUUUUCCUACCGCUCUCCGCUUCCAGGAGACUCGAAACGGGUACUGCUUGGUUGCCGUUGAUAUCGAAGGCAAAGUAGUCAAGAAAGCCUGGAAGAAUCCCAUCGGAAUGGGCUGA